GUGCUGGAGCGGUGGCGUCGCGCCCGUCGUCCGGGGGCCGGCGAUGGCGGCGACUCGCGGCAUCCGCGGCAGUCGUCGUACAGACGGCGCGCGUUGCGGUGCGUGGCAUUGGUUAUCCACGUAUCUCGAGGUACGCGCGCGUCGGCAUCUUCGUUCUCCCCAGAAGUUUGAUCGAAAGCCCGGGACGUUGAGGCGGGUGGCUCUGGCCCGCGUAGAGCCGCCGACAUGAAACGAGUGCGCGAGCAACGUGUGCGAGAGCGAGAGCGAGAGCCUUGACCAGGACGCCGCUCCGGGAGUGCGCCUUAGUCUCCCAGCUCUCGUGUGAUCGACGUCCCCGUCGCCGUCGCCGUCGUUGCCCUUGCUACGAUCACUACACUACGGCCAAGUUCCCAUUGCUCGUCCGCGCCUACGUAGCGCGGUCCUCCCUCCGCACGAGCAGGGACGCCGGAUAAUCGCAGCUGGAUAUUAUGCUAAUCAUCGGAAGGCGCUCAGAAUGCGGGAGGAAGAGCUCGAGGUAUCACUCAAGGUGGUGAUAGUUGGCAAUGGCGCAGUCGGCAAAUCUUCCAUGAUACAGAGGUUCUGUAAGGGCACAUAUACUCGUGACUAUAAGAAAACCAUCGGUGUCGACUUUCUUGAAAGGGAGAUCGAGAUCGACGGCGAGGACGUGCGGCUGAUGCUCUGGGAUACAGCCGGGCAAGAAGAGUUCGACGCCAUCACCGCGGCUUAUUAUCGCGGGGCUCAUGCCUGCGUCCUGGCCUUCUCGGCCACCGAUCGAGAUUCAUUUGAUGCCAUCACCUCUUGGAAGUUAAAGGUUGAAAACGAAUGCGGAGAAAUACCGACAGUUUUAGUUCAAAACAAAAUGGAUUUAGUCGAUCAGUGCGUUAUCGAUCCUGACGAGGCGGAAAGACUUGGCCGAGCACUCGGCUGUAAACUUCUUCGUACUUCCGUUAAAGAGGAUGUCGGCGUAAUGAGCGUUUUUCGGCACCUGGCCUCCCGGUGCCUCUACGAGAUGCGUCGCUUCGAGGAGGAGGACGACUUCAGGUUCUACUCGUCUGGGCCGCGGUCGCCUUCCGUCAUAAGUGCCUUUAGCCCAAAUGGAUCUUCCGUGAAUCGCAACACGAGCAACGGAACCAUAGUUUUACGGGCGACCGGCAAGAUGCGCCAUCACAAAAAGAGAAAUUUCGUGAAGAACGCCUGCCGAUUACUAUAAACCAAUUAGGAGUGAAAGUUGCCUAAGACAAUUUAAUUUAACUUUUUCGUUUUGUAUUCUUAUGCGUGAAUAUGUGUGUUAAUAUUGACCAAUCGUUUCGCUAUUGCACUUACUCAUUAGCUCAUUUGUUUAUAUGAUCCCUUCAAAUGGCGUAAAAGCUAAUUAAAUUCAUAAUGUGAAAAUUGUAAUCCUUAAUCAAUCCAAAUUUAACUUACAUUUUUAAUCACUUUAGCAUACAUUAAUGCUCCAUACAAUUGUCAUCGUAU